AUGUCUCGCCGAGAGUAUCCUGGGUUCCCUGGGCCCGACCAGAUGUCACUGCCGAAGAUGUACACCAACGGAGACCAUCGCCUGCGACACCUGCCCCCCAUGCCGUCUCCACCCCCACCCAAGCGCUAUAAAUCCGAAUCCAACCCGCCCAGUGAAGUCGGCAGUCGCUACUACUCGCACUCCGUGGGCGCGAGCGAGCGAGCGAGGUCACGGCAACCCUCCACCGCCAUGGACUUGUGCACCAUGAUCGAUCGGGAUCCGGUCGAUACAGAUCCCAGGAGGAAUGCCCGUUUCAUGAGCAAUGGGUCGGUAGCGACGCAGGCGUCCGUUGUGUCUAACGCCUCGCAGCUCUCACGAUCAUCCCCCAUUAUCUACUCGGACCAAAAAAUCCCCGAAAAGUAUCCUAGUUACAGAGAAAACGGUCGAAUGUACCACGGUUAUCGCAAGGGCGUGUACCCACUCCCGUGCGACGAAGAAGAGCAGGAUCGCCUCGAUAUCUUUCACAAAUUGUUCACGGUGGCUCGCGCUGGGGAUGGCUUGAUCUACGCACCCCUCCCACCAAAGCCCCGGAUUUUGGAUCUGGGCUGCGGUACAGGGAUCUGGAGCAUUGAAGUGGCCAACAAGCACCCCGACGCCUUUGUGGUGGGCUGCGACCUCGCCCCAAUCCAACCGGCCAACUCCCCCAAGAAUUGCGAUUUCUAUGCUCCCUUCGACUUCGAAUCCCCGUGGACCCUAGGCGAUGAUUCCUGGGAUCUCAUUCAUAUGCAGAUGGGUGCUGGCAGUGUCGCCAGCUGGCCCAGCCUCUACCGUCGCGUCCACCAGCACCUUCGACCGGGCGCUUGGUUCGAGCAGAUCGAGAUCGACCUCCGACCGCGCUGCGAGGAUAAAGACCCCGGGCGGGCUUUGUCCAGCUGGUAUUCCACGCUGCGACAUGCGACGGAAUCUGCCAUGCGACCAAUGGCGCACAGCACAAGCGAGACGAUUCGAAAUCUGCAGAGCGCAGGCUUCACCGAGAUCGACCACCAGAUUGUGGGACUGCCGUUGAAUCCUUGGCACAAGGAUGAGCAUGAGCAAAAAGUGGCCCGUUGGUAUAACCUGGCUAUCUCAGAGAGUGUUCUUCCUCUGAGCUUGGCGCCUUUCAGCCGCGUUCUUGGCUGGACCAGGGAGCAGAUCGAUCGUAUUGCUGCGGAUGUGAAGCAGGAGGCAUUCGACAAGAAAACCCACACCUUCAACCUGCUGCACAUUUAUCAGGCACGGAAGCCAGUCGUACCCGUGCCUGUGGAUUGA